AUGAGCUCUUCGGCUCCGCCACCGUCGGGCGGGUCGAGUGCAGGCUCGUCUAGAGUCUCCGCUGCCAAGGUGGACGCCUCACACCUGGUGCAGACCAAGCUCAAAGUUCCGCACAAGUUCACCCCUCAAUCAUUGGACGUGACCGGCAUCUUGGCUCAGCAUGUCAAAUUCCAACAGCUUCCACCUCCCACGGAUCCUUCUUACGCUUCGCGCAAAGCAGGGUUGCGGAAAAGACCGCUCGCAUUGCUGCUGCAUGGCGUCUUGGCACACAAGGACCAGACUUAUCACAAGGGACUCGUGGCCAGACUGCCUAUCGACAGCUUCAGAUUCGACUUCCGCUCAAAUCACGAGACUCCACCUACAGGUGGGGACGGUGGAGGCUGGGGCAUGGCCAAGUUUGAUGAAGAUUUAGAUGAUAUGAGGUCCGUCAUCCUCCAUCUCAGGGAGAGAUAUAAUUAUCAUGUGCACUUGCUCAUCGGUCAUUCACGAGGUGCUCUAGAUGGAUUUGCCUACUACUCCAAGUGGGCGGAGGCUAUGAGACAAGAUCCAGAGGAGCGGAUACCUUACUACGUCAGCUUGAGCGCUCGAUGGAGAAUGCACGUGAAUCGAGACAAUGUUUACUUGCCAGCGUUUGCGAAGGAGGGAAUCUACCGGUGGAAUGUGCGCGUGGCAGGCAAGGAUGUAGAGGUGCAGAUCCGACCUCAAGACGUCGAGCAGUUCGCCAAUUUCCCAAUCGCAGAUCACGUCAGGCGCUUUCCGCUCGAUUCCGAUGCGCUCUUGAUACAUGGAACAAGCGAUACAACAGUGCCCACUGCUGAUGUGGCCUACUAUGUCAACGAACUGUGA